GUUUGCCCUCUGAGCUGGUUUGACUUCAUCCUGAACCACCAGGUCCAGCCUUUGUGUUUUUGGGCCUUUGCUCUGUUCUCCUUUGACCGUUUCUGAACGCUUGGAUUUGUUUGCCUACUGCUGACUACUUCCCGGUUUCAACCUUUCCUGUAACAUUAAACUCAUGACGGCCCAGCAGCAGGAGAUUGUGCAGACACACAAGCUUGAAUACACAUGAAGGGGACACACAUACUGAAUGACCAACCCAUGAAGUCAACCAUCACCAGGAGUGUAGGAUCUCAUCCAGCCAUGUUUCGAGCUCAUCAACUCUAAAGGUCACGGCAGUCAUACAAGGCCUGCAGCUCUCCAAGGUGCUGAAACAUGAACCAAAGCGCGGGAGCGGUGCAGCACACGCGGCGGUACUCAAGUGAUGCGAAGGAUAUAGUAACCAUCGCAGCGGAUAAAAACUGGAAGGGCAUCGGUAUCUCCCUGCUGGUUAUUCUGGUGGUUCUCUCCCUCAUCGGCCUGUCCAUUGUUCUGCUGUCAAAAGAUGACAGUGGGAAGCUCUUUGGUUCGCAAUUGACCUUGGAUGACCUCUUUCAGAGAAACUUCCAGAUACACAACCCUGAUGCAAAGUGGGUCAACGAUGACGAAAUCAUCUUUCGCAACUGGGAUGGAGACGUCCUGAUGGCUAACAUCCACAACAAUGAGACAGAGGUCCUGCUGAAAAACACAACGUUUGCAACUUUUAAGGCCUCAAAGUUUGCAGUUUCUCCAGAUCUGAACUUUGUUCUUCUGGGAUACGAUGUCAAGCAGAUCUACCAGUACUCGUUCUUGGCGUCAUACCUGAUCUACAACCUUUACACAAGAGAGGUGCGGGAGCUGAAUCCUCCAGAGGUGUCUGAUUCAGUCCUCCAGUUUGCCUCGUGGGGCGUUCAUGCUCAGCAGCUGAUAUACAUAUUUGAAAACAACAUUUACUACCAAACGGACGUGAAGAGCAGCUCGUGGAGGCUCACGUCCUCAGGUCAGGAGGGAGUCAUCUUUAAUGGCAUCACAGACUGGCUCUAUGAGGAGGAGGUGCUGCACACACAGGUGGCUCACUGGUGGUCACCUGACGGCUCCAGACUGGCCUACCUCACCAUCAAUGACACCAUGGUUCCUACGAUGCUGCUGCCCCGCUUCACAGGCUCUCUGUAUCCAAGGGGGAAGGAGUACCCGUAUCCAAAGAUGGGGCAGAUCAACCCCACCGUCAGGCUGUAUGUGGUCACUGUAGAUGGGAGCUCCAUAACAACAGAGCUGAGACCUCCUGACAGCUUUGAGAGGAGUGAGUACUACAUCACCAUGGUGAAGUGGAUCACCAAAGAGAGGCUGAGUGUGCGUUGGGUGAAUCGAGCUCAAAACAUGUCGAUUCUCUCCCUGUGUGAUGUCACAACCAGUGAAUGCACAAAGAAACACGUGAUGACAUCUGAGAAGUGGCUGGAUCGACAGAAUGAGGAGCCAGUAUUUUCCAAGGACUGCACAACUUUAUUUGUCACGAUGCCCUUAAAACAGGGCGGUCGUGGUACAUUCAGCCACAUCACCGUGAUUUCCAACCAGUCCGAGGUUCAUGACGUUAAUCUUCGUCACCUGACGUCAGGAAGCUGGGAGGUGUCUCAGAUUCUGGCCUAUGAUGAGAAAACAAACUCAGUCUAUUUUCUAAGUACAGAGGAAGGAUCAACACAGCGACAACUUUACAGAGUCUCCACUGUGGAUCCAUUACAGAAAGAAUGCCUCACCUGCUCGCUCUUCAAGUCGAAGUGCACAUACUACGACGCCGUCCUCAGCCAAAACUAUCAACACGUUCUUCUGAACUGCAGAGGUCCUGGAAUACCUCAAACUACCCUUCACAAACUCAGCGAUAUGAACAAUCACAAAGCAGUGGAGAGCAACACAGUGCUGAUAAAUGUACUGAAAAACAGAACAAUACCAAAGUGGGAGAAGAGGACUGUUCAAAUCAACAACUUGGCUCUCCGUCUGGAGUUAAUUGUCCCAAUAAAAAUGGAUGAAACGAAGGAGCACCCGCUUUUACUGAUGCUUGACAGCGCCCCUGGUGGUCAAGCUGUGAGUGACCGUUUCUCUCUCGGCUGGGACUCGGUGCUUGUCAGCUCAGACAGCGUCAUCGUGGCUCGCCUGGACGGCCGGGGCAGCAGCUUCCAGGGUCAGACGAUCUUGCAUGAGGUCCACCAGAGACUAGGGACUGUGGAUGUUCAGGAUCAGAUCAAAGUUCUGGAGUACUUGAUCAGGCUACCGUACAUCGAUGUCAACAGAGUUGGAGUUUAUGGAAAGGCAUAUGGAGGAUUCCUCUCCACUCUCCUGCUCCUCUCUCACAGCUCUUUGGUCCAUUGUGGCAUCGCUGUAGCUCCCAUCACUAAUUGGAAACUCUACGGGUCGGCAGAUACUGAGAAAUACUUUGGCCCAGCUGCAAGACAGGAUCUCAAAUACCAAAUUUCCAGUCUCAUGGGGAACAUGACGGUCCAAGAACCUGAAAACUUUCUGAUCAUCCACGGCACUGCAGAUGCCACUGUUCAUUUCCAGCACUCUGCCGAGUUGGUCAAACUGCUCUCUGCAUCAAAUGUGAACUACACUCUGCAGAUUUUUCCAGACGAAGGACACAAUAUUGCCUCAACAAAGAGCCAGCACUACAUGCUAAACACAGUGCUCACCUUCUUCAGGCGCUGCUUUGAGGAGAAGGAGGUUGCUGCCCCGCAGACAUCUAAAGAAGAUGAAUAACAAGCAGAGUGUCUCGCUGUGAGACAGGUUGUAUGAAGAAAGCAGAGUGUAGCAACUGCAAUCAUGAGCCAACAAGGAGAGGCUGUUUCUGAGAGCGCUGCUAUCUGUCAGAGCACUGCAAGAGCAUUAGAGACGCCUCACAGACCUACAGUAUGUAGAUAUGUAGCAUUACUUUUUACCCAACCAGCGUGGUGAUUCCAGGGUUUGACACUCUAUAAGACUCUUGUAAUGUUGCUGUGUUGAUUCUACUGCUUUAGAUUAUAUGUUUCUAAUGUUUGUAUCAUGUACUGAGUCAACCAAGUCUUACUUCAGUUUGUCAUGUAGUCACACAAAUUCAAAACACAAGAUAAAUGUUCCUUUUUAUCAUGAGUCAGCACAAAUUAAACAGUUUUCAUUCAAAGUCAGUUGAGGACAAAGGAAAUGUAACUAACAUGACAUGGUUUAGUGUCCUACCUACAGUAUAUUAAUUUCUUGGCAAAUCUACUUUUAAAUUUGAACCAAGUCUUUAAGAUUUGGGGUAAAAUUGUGGUUCAAACUCAUAAAAGUGAUGUCAGAGUUCAAUUCUGGUUGCUCACAGCAUAUGAACAACAGCUCUCUGGGAAGGAGAAGAGCUUUUGGGAAGAAAGUCAAGAAACUACCAAUAUAUGCUUCAGAGUUUUUUCAUUGUAGGCAUGAAAUACCUCCAAUUAAUUUACCAUAUUUUGAGACAACUGACUGCCAUAAAAAAUGUAAAUGUGUAUUGCAUGUAAACAUUCGUAUACGUUAUACUUUAAAUGCUAUUUCACAAACUGUCUUGAAACUUGGUUGACUUAGUACAAAUGUCAGGGAAACAAAGAAACUAGUAUUUUUCCAGUUUUUCGAGUGGUUUUUGGUGACUUCUGUAAUCUACUGUGAAUAUUUAUUUUUACUGACAGCAAUUUAACUUCCUACUAAAUUUUGGAAAGUCAUAUCACAAAACACUUUUUGGCAGGUGCCUUUACCUCAUGCCCACUCAACGCAGAGCCAACAUAGUAACCAUAGGCUUCAUUUUUAAUUAGAAAUAGAAGAAAGGGUAUCGUCUGCAUAGAGGAUUACCUAAGUGUUUGCAUCUUCAUUAGUGGAUGGUUAUCGUCCUCUUGCCUGGCCGUAGGACUAAAAACACAUGUCAUCUGGUGGUUUAAGUUGCAUGCAGUUUCUGGUUAACCACAAUGUGAAACUUAAGCCCCAUAUGGAAAACGUCUAUGUGUGCAGGAGAGGCGGAGUGAUUGUAACUGUACCUCUGCUAGACAGUUGUGCUGCAUGGAGCAUGUAUGUGGGUAAUGUUUCAUCCCUACUACUAAUAAUAUCAGCCACAAUAAGAUACCUUUAAUACAUUUCACUUGUUUGGAGCAAUGUCCAUGUUUUUUUUCUGCAGAUGCUUGUUUUUUAUCCAUUUCAGUGAGAUAUUUUAUUUUUGAGUAUGCUGAAAAUGUUUUUGCCAACCUGAUAGAUAUCAGCAUGCUUACAAAAAUAUAAAGGCCUGUUUGGUUUCCAGUAUGGCCAUUAAAAAAAAACAUAGAUACAGGUACUGAUGUUAGCUUUCAGGUCAAAAGUCAAAUUUAGGUUAAACUUGUCCAACCAGGAGUUCUUUUGAGAUUAAAAUCUGUGUAGCAUGGGCAGUUAUGUUUACCAUUUCAGCUCAGAUUAAGUCAUUGCAGAACCUCAGAUGGACUGGCAUGGACUUUAGCAGGCCUUUGCUUUUGCAGAAGGGACCAGAGUUAAAAUGUAGUAUGCUUCGCAUAUUUUUAGAGAGCAGGGGAGCAAAGUCAGUGAAAGCCUUGAAGGAAGCAUGGUCGCAAAAGUAGCUGCACACUGCUGGAAGACCGCACUUAGAAACUGCAUAUUAUAUUUGUAUUAUAUUUGUACUUGGGUAGUGUAUCCACACUGCCAGUGUUUACCAGCAGCUGAAUUCAUAAAAGCACGAUGAUUCACUAGCUUCUGCUGAAACAUUUUUCUCUUAAAGAUUGAGACUCCUGGAUAUCGAUUUCUAUGAGACCACACUUAUUUAUUCUCAUGGUUGUAUAAGAGUGCUUUCACACCUGUAGCUUGUUUGGUAAUCAUUGUUCCUAUUCAGAUGAUACUCUGAUCCAUUUUUGUAUUUUGCCCUUAGAUCUUUUUGUGUUCACACCGCAAUCUUGUUAAGUGGGUCUAAGCACACAUCAUGUCAUCAUUACGUCAAAGCCUCCUUUUCCCACUGCUGAGGUAAACAAAUGCCAUGGAUACUGGUCACACUUUGCAUUGUGGGAAUUCGGGUCCAACACACUACUAACGUUGGCCAGCCAACCUACCAACAAAAGAGACGUUAAGUAGCGUUAGCCUGUUGCUAUUUUUAUGCUAACUACCUCACUUUAUGCAGAUGAGUCAAGCAGUAAUUUGUCUGUUUUUCACUAUAAAUGCACGCUCUGUGACCAGUAUGAAAUCUCCUCUUCUAGGUGAUCUCGGCUUGCUUGUUUUGUCCCGCAUCAGGGUGUGACUGAUGUGUUCACUUCCGUCCCUACAACCUGGGCUAAGGGGGGAAGUGCCCCUUGUUUUGGAACAUCUUCACUUAAUGAUCCAGAGGGGUAUACUACGAAGCAAGUUCAACAUAUCCCAGUUAUCUUCUCCUGAUCCGGCUUCACUAAACUUGACAAAGGAGAUCGGGCUAAACUGUUGCAGGAAGCUGGUUAUCAACAUGUUGAGUCAAUCCAGAGCUACCAUGAGCGCGUUCACAUGAACGGGGUGGAGAAUGCAACAUGUGACCAAUCACAGACAGUCUGCCGUCAGCACAUCAACAUGAAUUUCAAACACUGCACUGAUAUUAGAAAAAUAUGAAGAAGUUAAACACAUUGGCUUAUCCAGAUUAACUUCAACACAGCUGAGUUUGAAACAUAAAGGAAGAACUGAGAUAAGACAAAAACUGUUUGAAUGCGCAAAUUACGUCUUAUUUCUCAUCAUUAGUGCAGAUAUAUCAGACUAUAAUAACUCUGUUUAUUCAUCAUUAGAUAUAUCUGACUAUAAUAACUCUGUUUAUUCAUCAUUAGAUAUAUCUGACUAUAAUAACUCUGUUUAUUCCCUGACAGUGAUCUCUCUUCCUGAUUGAAACUUGUGUCGUGUGUGUAAAUUUUAGACGUAAUAUUUCAGCUGCAGCCCUGACGGUAUCAAACUGAGCGCUGUGGCUAAAGGACUAAUAAAAAUGAGAACAUGAUUGAAAGAGAUAAGCACGAAUAGUUUUAUAUUUAAUGCAGUAAAACAAUUUAAUCUGAAUAAUCUGACUUCAGACUAUGUUUAAGUAUGAUGUCAGAAAAGAUAAUCAAUAGCCUAAUUGUCAUCAGUAUUUUAUAUAUAAAAUCAUACACUGCCCGUCUCUUCUCCACUGCGGGCUUGACCGCAGUUCUCCGCCCUCCCCUCGCGAUCAGCUCACAGAGCAAGCUGAUUGGUCAGUGGGCGGAGUUUUCUCCAAACUGAUCUCUGAUCCUGAGCAUAACCUGCUCCGGAACAGGUUAGGAGUUCAGCAUGAGUAACCAUGGUGAUCUACCCUGGUAAGACAGGAACCACCUUCGUAGUACUGAAAAUCCAGAGUUAACCCUGAAGUUACCUCGAUAACCGCAAAUCCGGCUUCAAAGUAUACCCCUCAGGUGUGAAAGCACUCUAAGAUAAACUACCAUGAAACAAACCAACCUCCUUUUAAAGGUUUAUCCGGUCUCAAUUGGUCUUUUGACGUACAAUGAAAAGCAAUCCACAUCGAAACAGAUUUAUUGUGGUUAUCUUAUCUGCAGUUACCUCCUUCAGCAAUAUGUUUUAAGACUAACAAGUCAUCAGUGCAGGAACUAGGACUGUUUUUCAUAAAAUAGAUUUAUUUUUUAAUGUAAACUUUCAAGAAACUUCAUUGCAAUAAUACUUUGGGUUUAGUCUGAAUAGUUUUAAGAUAUUCUUCUUCAUUACACACUCUUCCUUCUGAAUAUUUAGGCUGGAUGUAGCGUUCAACAUCCCGAAAAUAUGAAACUGAGGAAACUAACUCGUUUUAACAUAAACCUUCUCUGUACAGUGUACUUUGUCUAUUGCAAGACUACUGUAGUUCUGAUCUGUUUGAGCACCAUAACCUUCUUUAAAAGGACAUAUAUUCAUUAUCUAAAGAUCUGCUGCUCACACUUCUGCACCUGCUUUAUUCUGCCAUAUACUGUACAUUCAAGUUAUCAUGUCAACAGACACAUUUAUAUACUUGUCAAUUUAUAAGCCGGAAUAAAUUUCUGAACCAGAAAACGA